AGUCCAAGACGUGAACCUACAAACAACACUGCAGGUUAAAAAACCACCUGGUCAAAAAGACAAGCGUCUGCUAGCUUCCUUAAGGCUUCCGUGGUAAAACUGAGAAAUACAGCCUGAGAUGGACAGCAGUAAUUGUAAAGUUAACGCUCCUCUCCUAAGUCAAAGAUACCGGAGGAUGGUCACAAAAGAUGGCCACAGCACACUUCAAAUGGAUGGUGCUCAAAGAGGUCUUGUGUAUCUUCGGGAUGCAUGGGGAAUCCUAAUGGACAUGCGCUGGCGCUGGAUGAUGCUGGUCUUUUCUGCUUCUUUUGUUGUCCACUGGCUUGUCUUUGCAGUCCUCUGGUAUGCUGUAGCUGAGAUGAAUGGUGAUCUGGAAAUAGAUCACGACGUCCCACCUGAAAACCACACUAUCUGUGUGAAGCACAUCACCAGUUUCACAGCUGCGUUCUCCUUCUCUCUGGAGACACAACUUACAAUUGGCUAUGGUACCAUGUUCCCCAGUGGUGACUGUCCAAGUGCAAUCGCCUUACUUGCCAUACAAAUGCUCCUAGGCCUCAUGCUAGAGGCUUUUAUCACAGGUGCCUUUGUGGCGAAGAUUGCACGGCCAAAAAAUAGAGCUUUCUCAAUUCGAUUCACUGACUUAGCAGUUGUAGCUCACAAAGAUGGCAAACUUAAUCUUAUCUUCCAAGUGGCCAAUACCCGGCCCAGCCCUCUGACCAGUGUUCGGAUCUCAGCUGUACUCUAUCAGGAAAGAGAAAAUGGUGAACUCUACCAGACCAGCGUGGACUUCCACCUUGAUGGCAUCAGUUCUGAGGAAUGUCCAUUCUUCAUCUUUCCACUAACCUAUUACCAUACUAUCACACCAUCAAGUCCCUUGGCUACCCUGCUCCAGCAUGAGACUCCUCCACAUUUUGAAUUAGUUGUGUUCCUCUCAGCAAUGCAAGAAGGCACUGGGGAAAUCUGCCAAAGGAGGACAUCCUACCUACCCUCUGAGAUCAUGUUACAUCACCGAUUUGCAGCUCUAAUGACUCGAGGUUCCAAAGGUGAGUAUCAAGUCAAGAUGGAGAAUUUUGACAAGACUGUUCCUGAACAUGCAUCUCCUGUGGUCUCUAAGAGUUCACACAGGACUGACCUAGAUAUUCAUAUCAAUGGACAAAGCAUUGACAAUUUUCAGAUUGCUGAAACAGGGCUGACAGAAUAAGACUCAUCUACACCGUCCUACUUCUUAAUGUAUUAAAUAUAUCUAGCCAGCUAUGCAGCUAUUUUCCUUCAUUGUAUCUCAUGUUUCCUUGUUCUCAAUGCUGAUUAUAUCAUAGUAAUCAUGUCUAUACCCACCUCAAAAAAUGGCUAACUAUAUACAUCCCCAAAAAAACAAAACAGUCUAGUUACCUAUCUAUAUCAGUGGUAAUCUACUCUUUAUCAAGGCAACUCAAUCUGAUAGGUAUCCAUACUAGCAAAUCUGCAAAGAUGUAGACAUGGUAUCAGAGAUGAAGAUAAAAUGGACAGAGAUGUCUCACACAGUUGAACUCAAAGAAAAUUCCCUCUCAUUUUCAUCUGUAAACUGAAACAACAGUCUAGUUUCAAACUUAGCUCCCUGGGUGGAAAGCUGAUUUCACAAUAUUUAGUGAACAUCCUUGUACAACUUUUAUUUUUUCAAGACAGCAAACAUCAUUCCUUUGAUUCUUUAAACUACAAAACUAGGGAAAGUAUUAUCUCCUCAAUUUCUAACAACUAGAAACAAAAGUACAAAAGAAGAGUAACAAUAUGGAUUUAUAGAUAUUCCCAAAAGCAUUUGAAUAUAACACCCAAACACAUGUAUGUAUAUUCAGAACAAAUAAGAAAAGCUCUGGCCCAGACAGAACUUGCAGGGUGGUAUUUCUGGAAAAGAGAUACAAAACUGUAUGUUUCUAACUCUUUUAAAAUCUUACCUGCGUAACACUCAAGCAGCAAUCUAGAAGCUAAUCAGCUCAUCAUCUGAGCUGCUUCCACCCUGAGUAAGAGAUUAUCUUCGUGCUCAUGACCCAUUCAAUGACAUAAGAGUCCUAUAAACUUUCUAAUAUGUAUUUAAAGUUUUUAUAAAGCAAGGGCUUAAUUAAAUAUAACUCAACUAGAAAAAAAAUCUCCAAUAGAUAAAGCAAAAAAUUAGGUAACAAAGUAUUUUCAAACCCAAAUUCCUGUUUCCAACAUCAAAUAGUUUUUUCUAUAAACACAAAUGAGUGUUUACUCACCAGUAGGAGGCUGCACUAGAUCGUCUCUAUUAUGUCAUUCCAAGUCUAAUAGUCCAUGAAAAUUGUGCCUUCUCUGCCUGUUUUUAUUUUAUAUAUACUAAGAUGAACCCCUUUUUGUAGCCGGCUUAAAAUACUUUUUUAAAUAAUUUUCAUUUCAAUUAAAACACUGAGCUGAGUUGUCCUUUAGCAAAACAAAAACAAACAAAAAAAUUAUACUAUCAAGUUUCAAAGAGAUCUGCAUGGUUUCUCUUCCAUUUCCCUUAUUUGGAAUUACAUGGGAAAAGUAACAGAUUAACUUUCACUGCAGUAGAUGGGCCAGGCACGAUCAUCUUGAAAUAGAGACUAUGUAACAGUAAAUGUUACAGACAGCAGUGAGUCGAAUUUUUUCUACUCUUUGACAGAAAGAAAACAAAACAACAACACAAAAAAACGUUGAAAAAUGCCCUAAGAAUGGUAAUAGCAGAAGACUAUUAAGAACAAAGAACCUAUUUAUUAUAAAGUUUGACUGUUUAAAAAUGGAGGCAUACACUCUUCGAUGGCAGGCAGAUCAACUUAAGACUUCUGAUAAAGAGCAGAAAUUCCUAUUAACAAGAUUAACCUGACCUGUGAAAAUAAACUGUAUGUGAGACUCUU